UUAGAUCGACAGUCUCAUUCUCGUGCGCGACCCAUCUGAUCGUACCCAUAAUUUCCUCUCUCUCUCUCUCUCUCUCUCUCUACAAGCCAUGGACGAGAGGCGACGCAGUCGCAAACAGCAGAAAAGGGCGAGCGCCAGCACGGAAGAAGUGAGUAGCAUCGAGUGGGAGGCCGUAAAGAUGACCGAGCAAGAAGAGGAUCUAAUCUACAGGAUGUACAGGCUUGUCGGAAACAGGUGGGAUUUGAUAGCUGGUCGGAUUCCGGGGCGGAAGCCAGAAGAAGUCGAAAGGUUUUGGACAGUGAGACAUGGAGAUACUUUUGCUGGUAAGAGGAAUGAGCAUGAUGAUGAUGACGGCCAGCGCUCGUGAUUCCCAAUUUUUUUUGUUUAGUUUCUCUGAAUUCUUGGGCCUCUCUUUCUUUAGAUUCUUACUGUAAAAAAUAGAGAAUUCUGUUCUAUAUUCUUUCGAGAAUAAUUCGAGUUUGUGAUCACAAAAACUGUCACUCUGAAAAUUUGGAAUCAAGUUAUUCACUUUUGUG